AUGGCAAAUCAAGUUAUCGUAGGAGAACUCUUACAGGAAGGAACUUCGCAAGUAAGGCCACCAUACUUCAAUGGACAACAUUUCUCCCACUGGAAAGUAUGUAUGGAGAUACAUGCAAAGGCAUACGACAUUAUAGUUUGGAGAAUCAUCAAAAAGGGGAAUUAUCCUCUGUUAGCUGUCGCUCAACCACUUGCUGAUCCUGAAGAUACAAAGUCAUAUAGAAACAAGCAAAUGACAGUGGUACAAGUCAAUAAUAAGUCAAGAAACUUGCUUUAUAUUGCUAUAAGUGGUGAAGAGUAUAAGAAAAUCUCUAGCUGUGACACAGCCAAAGAGAUGUGGGACAAGCUUGAAGUUACAUACGAAGGAACUAACAAGGUAAAGGAAACACACAUCAAUAUGUUGGUUCAUAAUUACGAACUCUUCCAAAUGAAAGAAGGAGAGUCUACUGAAGAGAUAUUUUCCAGAUUCAGCAAAAUAAUUAGCGAUCUAAAGGCCUUCUACAAACCAUAUACAAGUGGUGAUCAAGUCAGAAAAAUUAUCAGAAGUCUACCAACUACUUGGCAGACCAAAGUGGUCACACUUGAAUCUCAAGAUCUAAAUAAGUUAUCCUAUGAUGAACUACGAGGAAAACUCAUAGAUUUUGAAAAGACACAUCUUAAAAAAACAAAUCAAGAAGAAAAAAAGAAAAUAGUCGCAUUCAAGGCCACAACUGAAAUAGCUGAACAUGAUAUCGAUAAUGAUAUUGAAGCCCUUCAAGAAGAAAUUGCUAUGAUGUCAAAAAACAUGGAUGGUUUAAUGGGAAGAUUUAGGAAUACAAGGAGAGGAAGGAUUCCACCUAGGCGAUCCAGGCAAUACAACGAACAUGACAAGAAUGAUGGAAAAUGCUACGAGUGUGGAAGAUUUGGACACAUUCAAGCUGAGUGCCCAGAUCUAAAAAGGAAAAUUUCCAGAGGCUUUAACAAGAACAAAUCAUUUGGAAGCUGGAGUGAUCAAGACAGUUCAGAGCACGAGGAGAUAGCAAAUCUUUGCUUCAUGAAAAUUCUGGAAAACGAGAUAAACAAAUAUUCAUGA